AUGAGUGAUCUCUUGCGUGAUACACUUUUUGGCCAAACCGUCCGUCUUCUCUCAGGAAGGACGCUCCUAACAUUCCCCGAUGAACAGAAUCCGGAUUUGUGGAAAGCAUUUGUUCCGGAAGGCAAGCACUAUGACGGUACACCGAGAAGCAAUAUUGGGAUUGAUCAAGAUGGAGAGCAUCCAGCCAAUGCUGUGAAUACUGCGCAAGCAUCGUCCUCAGAAGAACAGCACUCUACAUACCGUGAUCCCGUGACCAAUGACGAAAAAGAUGGAGAGGUCAUGUUGGUGGAUUGGUAUGAUUCAAAUGACCAAGAGAACCCCCAGAACUGGUCAAAAAGCCGCAAGUUGCUAGUGACCUUCCAAAUAUGUAUCCUCAACUUUGGAAUCUAUAUUGGUAGUUCUAUCUACACACCCGGAGAGCAAGACAUAAUGGGAGAGUUUGGUGUCAGCGAGGUUGUGGCUACACUAGGUCUUUCGCUCUUCGUACUAGGCUACGGCCUAGGACCGAUGCUCUUCUCCCCCAUGUCCGAGAUACCAACAAUAGGUCGCAGCAGAAUCUACUUUUGGACACUAUUCGUCUUCGUACUUCUUCAGCUACCGACCGGAUACGCAGUGAACAUGGCCAUGUUGCUCGUCUUUCGAUUCCUUACCGGAUUCUUCGGCGGGCCCGUCCUAGCUACAGGUGGCGCUACCAUCAUAGACAUGUAUCCGCCGGUCGAAGUUCCAUAUUGGAUCGGCAUAUAUGGUGCAUCAGGGGUUUUGGGGCCAGUGCUUGGACCGCUUGUGGGUGGUUUUGCGGCACAGGCAAAGGGGUGGCGCUGGCCUAUUUGGGAACUUACCUGGUUGUGUGCGGUUGUGUUGGUUGUGCUCUUCUUUCUCAUGCCUGAGACGAGUGCAGCCAAUAUAUUGUAUCGUAGGGCGAAAAGGUUGAGGAAACAGACCGGCAAACCGACGCUCAAAAGCCAAUCCGAGAUUGAUGCCGCGGAGGUAUCGCUCAGAGAUCAUCUAGUUGUACUCAGCAGGGCUUUUACAAUGACUUUCUCUGAGCCAGUCAUUUUCUUUGUCGACUUAUAUUGUGCCCUGCUGUACGGAGUGCUGUACAUAUGGUUUGAGUCGUUCCCCCUAGUCUUUGGAGACAUAUACGGGUUCAACAUAGGAGAACAAGGGCUAGCAUUCCUAGGUAUAUUCGUGGGCGGCCUCAUUACAGUGCCCUGCUACCUUUUCUGGGUCCGUAACUACCUGAUGGUGCGAUUGGCAGACGGUCAUUUCAAACCAGAGGUCAUCCUACCGCCAACAUUCUUUGGAGCAGUCGCUUUACCGGUUUGUUUGUUCUGGUACGGCUGGACAUCGCGCGAGAGCAUCCAUUGGAUAGUCCCCCUAGUCGGAUCUGGGUGCUUUACCAUCAGCAUUAUUACAUUAUUUAUGCCGGUGCUGAGUUAUCUCGGGCUUCCUGUGGCGUGGUGUUUCCGCUUUUUAUUACUUUGGUUUGGAGACUCUUACGCCGUCGACCAAGUUUUGAAACGCGUCGACAAACCCUCCUACGCUGCGGCAGAUCACUGGGCCGUCGUGAAACGCGCAUUACCGCCAGACCUACACAUCAACAUCAAACAAGUCAUACCCCGACUUAGCGAAGGAGGCUUAUUUAUCAAAUACUCACUUUCCGAUGGCGAGAAAAGGACAAAGGGGGAGGUUGCAGCUGCGGUCGAUGAAUUCCUAAAGAAAAAUCCUAUUCGCCCAUGGUUCAAUCCCUUAGAUCGUGUCGGUGUAGGACGCGUUCUGGGUAAGCCAUGGAUAGAAGAUAUGUACCACUUCCCCAGCCCGAAGCUGAAAGUCGAAUUCCUUCCGCCGUCAUCGGAUAGUUCUCCGGCGGAGUUGACGCCAGAGGCUUUGUACUCUCUCUUCCGCAGAUAUGGUAAGAUCAAAAGUAUCGAUCGACAGCCGUCCGACUCCAAGGUUCUGCCAAAAUAUGCAAUGGUGGAGUUUACAAGAGCAAAGUAUGCUAUUCUUGCUCGGAGCUGCACUCAUGGAGUCAAUUUACCGGAAACAGUCAGCGGUGAUGGUGUUGGAGGAUCUGUCCUGAGGAUAACCUACGAACGCAAAAUCAAAGCCCAUUGGAUCCGAGAUUGGCUCUUCAAUCACCCCCGUAUUGUGAUACCUGCUAUCGCAGCACUCAUUGCAGGUAUUACAGUCAUCAUAUUUGAUCCAAUUCGUACAUUCUUUAUCAAGAUGAAAGUGAAAUACCUAUUCAAUGGGGACGACAAGGCUCUGUGGUCAUGGAUUCGAAACGAGGUUCGCCGAGCCAACUUUUUAUCGUCGUUUAAGAAACGCAACGAGAAGAACGUGCUCCAAGCUUUGUCGGAUGAUCGAAAAGAAGAGAUCAGUCAAUUACAGUCAUGGUUGGAUGAGAAUGGAAACACAUUCAUCGUCGUUCAAGGUCCUCACGGAUCCGGCAAGAGAGAGAUUGUCAUCGAUCAAGCUCUAAAAGAUCGAAAACAUAAACUGAUUAUUGAUUGCAAGCAAAUUCAGGAUGCAAGAGGCGAUGCAUCUACAAUUUCUGUUGCGGCUCAGCAAGUCGGUUACCGACCGAUAUUCUCCUGGAUGAAUAGUUUCAGCAGUUUCAUCGAUUUGGCCGCUCAGGGAAUCAUUGGCACCAAAGCCGGAUUUUCCGAGACGCUAGACUCCCAGCUUAGCAAGAUAUGGACGAAUACUGCCACGGCUUUGAGGCAGAUUGCACUUGAGAAUAAAAAGAAGGACGGCAGUAACAUGUCGGAUGACGAUUAUCUCGAGGCGCAUCCCGAGAAGAGACCGGUGGUUGUUAUCGACAAUUUCCUACACGGCGGUCGCGAGAGCAAUAUUGUAGAUGAUAAAUUGGCAGAAUGGGCUGCGGCGUUAGUCACUGGUAACAUCGCACAUGUCAUCUUUCUCACUCCAGAUACAUCAUAUUCGAAGACGCUGGGUAAAGCACUACCCAGUCAAGUCUUCCGCUCGGUAUCAUUGGGCGAUUGCUCAUUAGAAGUCGGCAGGAACUUUAUCCUUCGGUACUUGCAACAUCGCAAUGAAGAUGGUGACAAGGAGGUUGACGAGAGCAAUCCUGAAAAGAACGCACCGCCACAGGGACUGGAAGAUCUGGACAGAUGUAUUGAGCUUGUCGGUGGUCGACUAACCGAUUUGGAAUUUAUGGCUCAUCGAAUCAAGUCUGGCGAGAGCCCAAAGAGCGCCGUCAAACACAUAAUCGAACAAGCCGCCACCGAAAUCGUAAAAGCCUACGUCCUCGAACCCAACACAACCCACGCCACCGACACCCCAACAUGGUCCCGUGAACAAGCCUGGUAUCUUAUCAAGACCAUCGCCGAAAACAAAAACGGCACCGUCCCUUACAGCCACAUCAUGGUCUCCGACCUCUUCAAUGACGCAGACGGAGAACGCACUUUAUCCGCCUUAGAGCAGAAAGAACUCAUUACCGUGAGCACUGUAAACGGUCGUCCAGCAACAAUCAGACCCGGUCGACCAAUCUACCACGCUGCGUUUAAGUUUCUCACUCAGGACGAUAUACUGCGCAACAGACUCGAUCUUGGUAUUGCGCGCGAAAUGAUUAAGAGAGAGAAUGAGAAGAUUGCAAAGUAUGAGAAUGAGUUGCAUCUCAUGGGCGAUCCGGAGAAGUACCCAAUGACUGUGGGUUGGAGGUUGCGGUCGGUAGCAGACAGUUUGCGGGAUGCGAAUUCGAAGUUGCAGCAGUAUGAGAGCGAGAAAAAGAGGCUGGKGAAGUUUUUGAAGACGGCAGAGUAG